AUCAGAUGAGCGCCAGCGCCUGGAGCGCACGCACAAUCUGGGGAUAAUCGCAGGUGGAGAGGCCGGGCUGAAUAUCUGCCAGCCACAGGGGCGACAGAGGCAGGUGUCGAGCGGUGGUCGGACAGAGGGUUUAUCUCGCCGGGUUCAUUUAUUAUACAGGCAAUCCUGCUGGAUCGAGGUUUGAUUUCCCCAAAUCAAAUUGAAUGCUCCUCUGCGCGAUCCACAAUGCGGUCUUCGGCUCGGUUCGUCGCCCGAUGCGCUCUCAUCCUCCUCCACACGCUCUGCUUGAUGGACGGAGCCAAAGGACAGCAGCAGUGCACUGAGAUGGACUACUACUAUGAGUACACGGAGUGUGACAGCACAGGAUCUCGGUGGAGAGUGGCCAUCCCGAAGCAUCCCGGGUCCUGCACCGGACUACCGCAGCCAGUGAGGGGCACGGAGUGCACCUUCUCAUGCAAAGCCGGGGAGUUCCUGGAGAUGUCUGCUCAGGAGUGCACCCAGUGCGCAGCGGGAAGCUACUCCCUCGGCAGUGGUAUCCGGUUCGACCAAUGGGAUACGAUGCCAUCUGGAUUCAGUAGCCUGGCAACUUCCCUGGGGAAUGACCUCCACAGAGAUGCCCAACUCAGCUGCAACAGUUCUUCCUGGGUGCCUCAAGGAAACUAUCUGGAGUCCAACAGGGACGAGUGUACGGUCUCCCUCAUUUAUGCCGUUCACUUGAAGAAGCAGGGCUCUGUCAGCUUUGAGUAUCAGUAUCCGGAUAAAACCCUGUUGUUUGAAUUCUUUAUCCAGAAUGAUCAGUGUCAGGAGAUGGAUCAGUCAGCUGAUACCAAGUGGCUCAAGCUCACCAAUCAUGGGGAAUGGGCAACCCACACGGUGGAUUUGAAAUCUGGCACCAACAUCUUGUACUGGCGGACAGGAGGUGUGGUGAUGGGGUCCAACGUGGUGAAGCCCGUGCUGCUGAAAAACAUCCAAAUAGAAGGUGUUGCCUACACAUCAGAGUGUUUCCCUUGUAAGGCUGGGACAUUCAGCCGCGUUCCAGGCUCGUCUGUAUGUGAAUCCUGUCCUCGGGACACCUACUCUGGCCACGGAGCCAGUUCAUGCACUCCGUGCAACACUAGCACUCAGUACGCAGAGGAAGAAUCGGCUGAGUGUAAGAACCGACCUCCUUGUUCCAAAAAGGACUAUUUCCAGAUCCACGCACCAUGUGACCAGGAAGGCAAGACACAGGUCAUGUAUAAGUGGAUUGAGCCCAAGAUCUGUCUGGAGGGUGUCUCUGGAGCAGAGACGCUGCCUGAGAGUGGCGAACAGGAGGAAUGCCCCCCGUGUAACCCUGGUUUCUAUAACAAUGACACGGCCACCUGCUCCCCUUGCCCAACCGGGACGUACUCUGACGGGUUAAAACCUUGUCAGAGGUGUCCAGCAGGUACAGAGCCCAUCCUGGGCUACGAGUAUAAAUGGUGGAAUGUUCUUCCAUCUAACAUGAAGACCUCCUGCUUCAAUGUGGGCAACUCUAAAUGUGACAGAAUGUCUGGUUGGGAAGCAGCGAGAGAUCAUAUUCACAGCGGAGCAGGCGGCUCCGAUAAUGAUUACCUCAUCCUUAACAUCCAUGUUCCUGGCUUCAAGCUGCCAACGUCGGUGUCGACCCAGUCAGUGACAGAAUUUGGCCGCAUCACCUUUGAGUUUGAAACGGCGUGCACGGCUGACUGUGAGUUCUACUUCAUGAUGGAUAUUAAUAGAAAGAGUACAACAGUUGUUCAGUCAUGGGAGAAAACGCAAAAAAGACAGACCUACACGCAUGUCAUGACGAAAAAUGCCCCGGUUUCCUUCACAUGGGCUUUCCAGAGGACAAACCAACCUUCAGAUGUACGUCGGUACGUCAAUGAUGUGGCGCGCAUCUUCUCCAUCACUGUGACCAACGCUGUUGACGGCGUGUCCUCCAGCUGCCGGGCUUGUGCCCUCAGCACGCAGGCCUCCAGCUCGGGAUGCGUACCCUGCCCACCUGGACAUUACAUAGACUCGGUCACCAGCAAGUGCUUAGAGUGUCCACGCAACAGUUACCUCCAGCCUCACGGGACGUCGGGUUCUGACGCCUGCAAAGCCUGUGGGCCAGCCAGCAGGAGCGACAAGGACCACAAACUGUGUUACAGUGACUGUCACUUUACCCACACAGAAGGCAAUGUCACGCUAACUUUUGACUUCAGUCUACUGGGCUCAGCGGGAUCGCUGAUGAAUGGUCCAAAGUUUACCUCCAAGGGAACCAAGUAUUUCCACAUGUUCAACAUCAGCCUCUGCGGAGGACAGGAUCACAUGGCUGUAUGCUCAGACAACGUUACAGACGUGUCGGUCUCCAGUUCCCAGGGCGAGAAAGCCGAGGGACCCAGCGCUGUGAAGACCUUCAUAUGUCAGUCAACAAUAAUCCCAGCCAGCAGGCAGGGAUUCCACUCUGCGCUCUCUUCUCAGUCCAUUAACCUGGCUGACACCUUUCUUGGUGCAACUGUAGAUGAUAAUCUUGAUGGAAUACAAGCAAGGCCGGCUUUGUUUCCUAAGAAGUCUAAAAAAGUGCCUGAUGUCAAUUUCUUCUACAGAUCUUUAGAGGGAACUUCGUCUUGUGAGUCCGGUCGGAGUACAGUGGUGACCCUACGCUGUAAUCCCGAAAUGAGCACUAAAGGAGUGGUGUCAGUUCCCAGUGAGUGUCCUGAGGGAACGUGCGACGGCUGCACCUUUCAUUUCUUUUGGGAGAGCUCAGGGGCUUGUCCUACCUGCACUGAGAGAGACUACCAUCUGAUAGAGGGAGUCUGCAAAGGAGGACAUCAGGACAUGCUGUAUGUGUGGACCGAACCGAAGCUGUGUAUAGGGGGCGUAACCUUGCCUGAAAAGAAAACUGUGCCAUGUGAGGGUAUGGAGUUCUGGACUCGGCUUGGCGCGGGCAUGGGCAUUUUUACUGCAGUGUUGCUCGUCUGCCUUACCUGCUACUUUUGGAAGAAGAAUAAACGGCUGGAGUACAAGUAUUCCCGGCUGGUUAUGUCUGCCAAUAAGGACUGUGAAAUGCCGGUGGCUGACAGCUGUGCUGUGAUGGAGGGAGAGAACGAGGGAGACAUGGAGGAUGAAGUUGUAUACACCAAACCUUCGCUGCUUGGCAAACUCAAAGCCAUAGCGUCCAAGGGAAAUGGGGAGCGUUAUGAAAAUGUGCAGCUGAACUCGUCCCACUCGAAAGCAUUGGUGUGGAGUUAGAGCUGUGUGAGCAGGAGCUGGAAGGAGAAAAAAAACACUCUCCACCGGGUGAUCCACUUUACAAACUGUCCCUGUUAUGAGCUUUGGUACCUGCAGUACCGCCUGUGUGUACAAAUACAUCCAAAUAUGCGUUCUGCAUAUAAAGCCAGGUUCAAAGAAGUCACGCUAACAUGGUGGCCUUAAACCUUGGUACAACAGAGCCAUAGUACUGUGACACAGGAGUGUACGACACUUCUAACAUUUUCUGGCUCAAUCUUUUGUUGGAAAAUGUUCUUAGAGAGCUCAGGGUAAUACAAGGUAACGUGUGAGUUCUUGUUAAGUUUGGUGUAAAUGUAUUUAAUUCUGUAUCAUGUUCUUUUUUUUUUUUUCUUUGGUUGUGGAGAUACUGAUGUCAAGACACACAAUGACUGUUGGCGUCUUUCCAUAUCCCAUAGAUCAACUAUCAGAUUGGUUUGUUUUUGCCUAUAAUAAUGGUUUUGUCAUUUGUUUGUUUGAUUCUUUCGCUUUGUUGAAGUCAUUGUAGUGAGGAAAUAAGACGGAGGACUGAAAAUGAACAUGCUAUAUUAAGCUGUUGAGAUUGUGCUUCAAAUAAAUGACAUAUUUAUGUAUAAAUUGA